AUGCAUGCUUAUGUUUAUAAUUUAUUGUGUGAAGAAAUACAAGAAGAAUGUCCCCCAACGGAUCAGAUCGACAACACUCAAGUCAUGAAUUACAGCAGCCGAGAAUACUGGCGUUCGACUGUGGAGAUGACAAAUUUUUGCACAAUUAAGUCCUCCCAGCCGAACACAGCGAUUCGCAGUGAUCGAGGACAGAAAUUUUUGGCUCAAGAUGUAUUUCUGAGUCACAGUGGUAAGCAGAAAAUUUUUGUUAGGCAGCUAUACAGAGACCUCACAAACCAGGGCGUGUCCUGCUUCUUUGAUCAAGAUCGCGAAAGUUUGCCAGUGGGCGACGAUUUCCCCCAUCGUAUAUUUGAAGCCGCUAAGACAUGCCAAGUAGCAGUUUUACUUCUCUCUAUGGAUUUCCUCGAAUCAAAGUGGCCAAUGCUCGAACUCUCUGCUUUUGUGGAAGCCAGAGACAGAACCCGUACAAAUCCCAAUCUCAAAAUUUUACCCUUGUUCUUCCAUAUUUCACCGGAUACUCUUAAAAACAUUUCGGCCGACGACGAAAAGUGGAAACAAUUGGAGAAAUCCGAGGAAAAGCGAGCCGAAUGGCACCUAUCUUUGAGUGCAGUACGGCGAAUUAACGGGUUAAAGUUCAGUGAAGUUGGCAAUGAAUUGGAGUUUAGAGAUGACAUUGUGAAAGAAAUCUGGCGUAUACUUCCAAAACCCUCACCAAGGUGUCAUGUUCAUUGUAUGCAAGGACAAGUACGAAUGUGCCAGGAGGUUGCAGAUUUCUUCAACACUGUCCAUCCAGACAAAAAGGGUAUCCGUAUUGCAGGAUUGUAUGGAAUAGCGGGCCAGGGGAAAACUACACUUACCAAAGCUUUCUGCAACUUCAAAUUGGGGGAUUUUGAAGGCAAAGUAUGCCAUCUGGAAUUUUCUAAAGGCGAUUCAUUUGAAAGAAUUAAAGUAGCUCUGCGAUAUCUCACUUGCUGCCCUCAGCCAUAUCUCCAAGAACUGACAGACCAAGAUGAGGCGCAGGUUGAGUUAUGUAGAAGAGCCGAGGGUAAACGGGUAUUGUUGGUUCUGGACAAUAUCACAGAAGAAAGCAUAGACGAAGUGACGUAUUAUCUUAAGGCAGAGUUGGGAGAAAACAGCUGGAUCCUUUUGAGCGCUCGUAGUGUAGAUGUUCUCGAAAGGUAUUUCAAGAUAGAUAAGCAGUCACGCAUGCGCGUACCAAGGCUCAAACAGGUAGAGGCCAUAGCCAUCUUGUUGGAAAGGGCAUCUGUAGAAGUGUCAACGUUAGGGGCAGAGGACAAAGCUUUUGCUGUCAAGUGUGCAGACAGAUGUUCGUUCAAAGAGGUCGAUCGGAGAGAAGGAACAUUUCAUCCGUUAGCCUUAAAAGCUUUUGGUGGUCACCUCUUCAGUAAUUACGGUCCGCAUUUGUCAAAGUGGCUUGCUGAGAUAGAAGGCUGGGUAGACCCAUGCGGUUAUGGUUUGGAUGACUUGCUGGCUUUGCUGGGCAAAGCUUUCGACAACAUGCGUCCCCGAUAUCGCACCAUAUUCAUGCUUCUCACCCUUUAUAUGCCGCCUAAUAUAUCUCCCCACAAAGUUAUUGACUGGCUGGUUGAGGAUCUAUGUAAGAAGGCUUUUAUAGAAGAAUCUGGACCUGAAAUUCGCAUACACGACCUAUAUAUUGAAUUCGCACAGAGCAAAGCAAAUGAAAUGGGAAAAUGGCUGUGGUGGAAGGAGGAUUCGCGUAGUACACGUGGAUUAAUGUCAGAAGACAAUUCAGGGUUUGAAUUGGCUAAGUUGGAGCAGUGCAUGCAUCAAAGACUGUCCCAGAUCGCCCCACGGGACCUUAAAAAUCUGUUGGUACUUCAGCUUGUAGGUGUGCAAAAUAUGAGCAAACUUCCUUUGGGUGGGAUGGGCUGUCUCAGAAGUAUUACACUCCAUAAUUGCAAAGAUCUGAAAGCGGUUGAAGGUAUGAAAAAUUUGCAACAGCUGGCGUGGCUUCAGAUAAGCGAAGUAAAUCCAUUGUUUAAACUUCCCGAGCUAAGCAGCCUCAAAGGAUUACAACAUUUGCAGAUCAAUUUUGCAGACAGCCUUGUGCUCAAUCAGCUGGGAGAUCUUACCAAUUGUGCUUUUCUGAGAGAGAUUAAUGUUUGUUGUCGAUCCCUCUGGGAAUUUCCAAGGUUGAAUGGCUUGCGGUAUUUGGAGAAGGUGGAAUUUAGUGUGUGUGAUAAUGUGAAGGGCAAAUUCGACUGUACAGAAUGCGUGGAGCUGCAGAGUAUUGUCCUCAACAGUUGGUCCCGGUGGGCUUGGUCAACGCCCCUCGUUGGACGUAAGAAAAUAUCCAAAACUGUAUUGUGGGAUCGUGAUGCAGUGAAGGCAUGUCCAGAUUUAGAUGCAGUGAAGGCAUGUCCAGAUAUAGAUGCCCAGGUAGAGUCUUUUGUUGCAUCAAAAGAUGUUUCAGUGCUUAAAAGUCUAGAAUCUUGUGAGGGGCUGAAAAAUCUUCAACUAUGGAAUUUGAGAAAUCUAAAGGAGCUUCCAUGUUUUAGACUCCUAUCAAAUUUGAUUGUGCUCAAACUUGGGAAGUGUGGUACAAGGGAGCCCCCGAUCUAA